ACACAACUUUUCAUUCUUUAUUUGUAUACAUCUUUCACUCUCUUUUAGAUUAGCGUUUAUCUCUUUUUGUCUUCUAAGUUCUAACAUGAUAUGGGUAUUAACUAGAGAAGCAGAGUCUUGAUUUUGUUAAGUAAUAAAUAAGCCCCCUCGGCUCCCUUUCUCUCUCUAGUGUGUGUAUGUGACUCUUCUGAAACCCAGUCCCUUGAUGGAAGUUUUCUCAUCAUAAUUGUUUCCAAAACUAUAGUGGAUAAUGGAAAGAGCUGUUUCAUUUUCUCCAUGUAGCGACCUGUCGAAAAGUAAAGGCAAUGAUAAGCUCCAACACCUUUCCUUCGUCUUAUUCUUCUUAGUUGUUGUUAUCUUCUGUUUCUCUCCUACUAUCUUCAUCAACUUCGCCACCAAGAAAGUAACCAACAAAAGAGACAGGUAACACAAAACCACAUCGAUUGGAGGCCUGAAACGAGAAGCUUGCUCUGCUGUCUUUGAGCUAUAAACAAACCGAACUCACACUGCCGGCGCUCAGAUAAGCUGACGGUAAAGGUGUUGCAUUUUGCUUCCAAGGAGCUGAAAUGGGGGUGGAGGAUGCCAAUGUUUUUGAAACGUUAACGAAGCCACUAAGGAUGGAUGCAGAUCCACCAUUUGAAGAGACCUACAAGACCCUCUUCCAGAACUCCAUUGGAAAAGCAACAGGAGGAAAAGUUAAUGACAUCAUUGAAGAAUGCGAGCUCCCUGUGAUUGAUCUGAGCGGCCUGAAUCGCAGCAAAUCAGAUAGAGAGAAGUGCAAAAGAGAAAUCGCUGAAGCUUCAGCACAGUGGGGUUUCUUUCAGGCCGUGAAUCAUGGGAUACCGAGGGAGAUUUUGGAAAGGAUGCACCAUGAACAGGUGAAACUGUUCCAACAUCCGUUUGAUAAGAAGGCUAGUAAGAAUCUUUUGAACUUCUCUGUGGAUAGUUACCGCUGGGGGACGCCUUCAGCAACUUGUCUGAGGCAGUUCUCGUGGUCAGAAGCCUUCCAUAUUCCACUGACCGAUAUUUCGAAAUCGGUCGAUUCCAACAGUCUCAGCUCAACAAUUAAAGAAUAUGAGGCAACAGUUUCAGUGUUGGCGCAAAGUAUAGCUGCAAUUCUAGCAGAGAAUCUGGGUGUUAAAUCCAACUUCUUUGCGGAAAAUUGCUUGCCCAGCACUUGCUAUCUCCGAAUGAACAGAUAUCCUCCAUGCCCAAUUUCUUCCGAGGUCUUUGGGUUGAUGCCACAUACCGACAGUGACUUCCUCACAAUCUUGUAUCAAGAUCAAGUUGGAGGAUUGCAGCUGGUGAAAGAUGGGAGAUGGAUCACUGUCAAACCAAACCCAGAUGCUCUAAUCGUCAACAUUGGUGAUUUAUUUGAGGCGUGGAGCAAUGGCGUUUACAAGAGUGUUCAACACAGAGUUAUGACCAACAGACAAGUUCAAAGAUUCUCCGUAGCAUAUUUCUUUUGCCCGUCCUACGACACUGUAAUACAGAGUUGCAGAGAGCCCUCGCUUUACAGAAAGUUUAACUUUAGAGAAUAUAGGCAGCAGGUCCAAGAGGACGUCCGGGCGAGAGGCUAUAAGAUAGGGCUUCCUAGGUUUCUCCUUCGAAGCCAGUUGGGUUAAAAACCAGAAAAAAAAAAAAACAUUUUGAGCGUGUUUGGGUUCAGGGUUUUCUUCUCUGCUUAAUUAGAUUAUGUACGUAGGAUAAGAUAUUAUUGCUGUUUGGGGAUCUUUGUUUUCUAUUUUUUUCUUCUUUAGACUUUAGCUGUAUAGCCCUGAACCUUGGGGAACUGGGGAAGAGAGUCUGGCCUGCAUCCAAACAUAUCCCAUAGCUCUUAGGCAACCACAACAAAUAUAUAAUGUCGUAAGGAGAGGGGGUUUAGUUAUGAGUUUUGUUCAAAAUUGGGUUCGAAUUUCGAAAUAGAUUGUCAAGAGGUUGUUUGCUGUUGCAC